CUCGUGCGAUAAUCAUGAUCGUAAAACUAUUAUUUUUGAAAAUAUGUUUACUAAGUUUAACAAUGGGAUAUAUUCCGCACGCAGGCCAAGAUCCAUACCGUGCUUUAUUGGAACGCACAUAUAAUACAGAUUACGAAGCUCCUGAAGAUACCACAGAUGAAAAGCCACUAAUAUUGACACAAUUGCUGAAGAACAAUGAAUUAGAAAAAGCGAGAUCAGUUGCAGAAGUAAAUUCGAAUUGCACAAUGCCUGGAGUGAAAAGUUAUGCCGGUUACUUUACUGUAAAUGAGAAAUACAAUGGAAAUCUUUGGUUCUGGUAUUUCCCUGUUAUGGAUAAACCUGUGGAAGAUACGCCCUUAAUUCUGUGGCUGCAAGGCGGUCCCGGUGCGUCAUCUAUGUAUGGACUGUUUGAAGAAAUCGGGCCGUUCACUAUUUCAGAAAAUAUGGAAAUGAAAAAGAACAAAUAUUCCUGGGGAGAUAAAUAUUCCCUUCUCUUCAUCGACAAUCCAGUUGGCACUGGUUUUAGCUUUUCGAAUCUAGAAGGAUACGCAACUAAUCAAACUACGAUAGCAGAAAAUCUGUACUCAGCGUUACAACAAUUCAUGACGAUGUUCCCGAAUCUACGACGAGUGCCAUUCUAUAUCGCAGGAGAAUCAUACGCCGGGAAGCACAUACCCUCACUCGCCAUACAAAUCCAUUGGCAUAGAAAUGCCGAUGAACCUAUAAAUUUGAAGGGUCUCAUGAUUGGCAAUGGAUUUAUCGACCCAAUAACAUUACAAUGCAGUAGUGUAUUUCUCCGAGAGACCGGCUUAAUUGAUGAUAGAACUGCAAAAUAUUUUGCCGCUAUAGAAAACAAAACUAUGGAUGACAUUAAAAAAGGAAACAUAGCCAAAGCUUAUUCGGAUUUUAUUGAUGGACAUCUUAUUUUUCGACUUGCUGCGUUUUUACCCAAUCCGUACAAUUAUUUAAGUGACAGUAAGAUUUUUACAAGGAAAUAUAAAAAGUUUUUAGAAACAAAGAAAAUGCGUGAAGGUUUACACGUCGGUUCUACGAAAUUUUUAGAAAUUGGCAAAGUAUACACAAAACUUACACAAGACUUCAUGAACAGUGCAAAACCAUGGUUAAACGAGCUUUUGGAUCACUAUAAAGUAUUGCUUUACAAUGGUCACUUAGACACAAUAGUGCCAUACUAUCCAUCUGUGAACACAUACAACUCCCUGUCUUUUUCGGGUGCUGCUAAAUAUAAAAAUGCUACGAGAGAGCCUUUGAUGAGCAAUGACACAUUAUUAGGUUACUACAAAGAAGGAGGAAAUUUGCUUGAAGUGAUGGUCCGCGGUGCGGGACAUAUGGUACCAUCAGACAAGCCUGAGGCGGCUCUGGCAAUGCUCAAUAAAUUCAUUGACUGGCAACCUUCUACAUAA